AUGAAGGAUGCCAAGCCUUAUCCAGUUGAUCCAUCUUAUUCUGACCCACCAGUUGUUGAAACAGACUAUUCAACAUGGGGAAUAGUCAAAGCUGUUCAGGGCGCUGAUCCAACGUUUAUGGAUAAUACUGGCCUAGGAUGUUUUCAUGUUGCAAUACAAAUGGGAAAUGUCCCAAUUAUCGUUUAUUUGCUUUCUCAUGGGGUCAAUGUUGAUACUCGAGAUGGCAAUGGGCUCACUCCAUUAAUGAUAGCUUGUAUGCAUGUACGAUCAGUUGAUAUUUUUCGUUUGUUAAUCUCAUAUGGUGCAAAUUUGCGAUUAACUGAUUCACAUGGCAACACUGCAGCACAUUAUUCUGUUCAGUUCGCUAAUUUCCAAGCCGUCGUACAAUUAGAUAAGGGUGAUAUUGACUGGAAUGCAUUGAAUGAUGAAAACAAAACACCGUAUGAGGUUCGUGUAGUUCCAUGGUUAACAGAUCGUGUCAAACAAAUGGCGAAUGUACAGAGUAUAAUGAAUUCGUCGCACCGUUUCUCGCGUUUAGGCUUAUCAAUGCUACAUUAUUCACCUGUAUGGCGUCAACGAAUAACAAUUAUGCUUCCACCAUUAAUUCUUAUUACUUGCGGUCUACUUAUAAAUUGGGAUAUACCAUCUACAUUAUAUCAUUUAAAUUUUGCCGAUCAAUCGUCAAAGAUUUCAUCAUGGAUAAUAUAUUCCACGAAAUUUCUUUUGUUAUUGUUAUUAUCAUUUACAGCACGUUUUAUUAUUGAUCGAUUCUCAGAUCAUAAGUCACAGGCUGUAAUGUUGUUCAGUUUAGCAACAAGUACAAAAUUGUUAUUAACUACAACAUAUUUAUUUCACAUCACAUUACGUACACCGAAUCAUUGGGUGUUGCAUUUCUGGUUUCUAUUCUUUAUUACUAUGUUAUGGACAACAUUUAUUCUAUGCUGUACAAAAAAUCCUGGCUACGUAGAUGAAAUUAUUAAAAAAGAAUGUCAACAAGAUACUAUUGCUCAAUUACUUGAUGAAGUGUUGAAUAAUACAAAUGAUUUAACAUUAGCAAAUAACAAUCAAGAAGAAUCUUCGUCAUCAACAUUAUCAAUCAAUCCAUUACAACGUUUCUGUACAACUUGUUUUAUACGUAAACCGUUAAGAUCAAAGCAUUGUUCAACAUGUGAUCGAUGUGUAGCACGAUUCGACCAUCAUUGUCCAUGGAUAUAUAAUUGUGUUGGAAUGAAGAAUCAUUUUUAUUUUAUUAUAUAUUUAUUAUCGACCAGUGUUUCAUGCAACCUAUUUAUGUUGGGUACUAUUGUUUAUUGGCAAAAUGAAUUCAGUUGUCUACCGAAUACACCACUAACAUCCGGGAAAACUGAUAUAUUUACAAUCAUUUGGUCAUAUCUAUUAUGCAAUCCAUGGAUUACAUUCUGUUUUAUAAAUGCUGCUUUUUAUUCAUUUUGGACAACAUUAUUAUUUGGUUCACAAUUUUAUCAAAUGGUAUGGUUAAAUGCAACAACAAAUGAACGUAUCAAUAUGGAUAGAUAUGUUGAAUUUAAUACCAAUAAUAACAAUCAUAUUAAUAAUAAUAAUAAUGAUAAUAAUAAUAUGUCUUUAUCUAAUGAAAAGUUUCAUAAUUCUACAAAUUACAAUCGUCCAUAUGAUCAUGGUAUAUGGCGUAAUCUACUUGAUUUAAUUGGUUUACCUGGUUUUAUUAUCAAUUCAAAUAAAUCUGUUGAUUGGCGGCAAAUCUAUCAAAUUGAACAAUUAAAUAAUCAAUAUCCAAUAUAUACUACUACUACUACUACUACUCAUAAUAAUAAUAAUAAUAGUGAUGUAGAUAAGAAACUAUUAGAUUGGUCAAUAUAGUUUUCAUUAAAAUUUACUAUAACUAUUGUAUAUAGUAUACAAAAAAAGGGUUUUAUUUUUUCUGCUUCUUUUAUCAUUUACUGUUCAAUUACAAUUUGUUUACAUUUUGAACAUAAUGUGAUGAAUUAGUAAUUAUUGUCAACAUCAUUAAUCAAUAUUGAAUGUUACCGUGAAUUACUUAAUGACUUAUGCCUGUUACUUUCAAUAGAGUAUAGGUCACUACCGACUAGCAUUCUCUAAUCCAUUUUAUUCUAGGAUUUCUUUUCUAAUUCUAUUCAAUUAUUAUUCAUUCUUCUCAUGUUUUUUUUCUAUUUCUUGGCGUAAUGUGUUCUCUGGUCUUCCUCUUCUCCUUUAUUUAGCCUUGAGGAAUCCAAGUGAUGAAGGAUUACCUUGUGAUGUAGUUCGGUGCUAAUGCUAAUGAUACCGUUGAAUUUUGUUGAAAAAAAAACAAUUUUUUUCUCCUUUAGAAUAUAUAUAUAUAUGGUACAUGUAAUUUGCUUUUAUUUUACAGUUUAUUGGUUUUAACUUUGUUUUUUGUUAUUGUUGUUACUGCUGCUGCUGCUGCUUCUGCGUGAAUUCUCAUGAAUUGGUUGUAUUUAUUCAUUAAAUAGAUCAGUAUCAGAAUUAUUCAUUGCUGUAAAAGUGAUAGUUUUUUUUUCAGCAUAAUUAUACAUUGAAUCAUUUUAUUGCAUUCAAUAUAAUCUUAGUUUAUUGUUGUUGGACUUAUGAUGGUAAUACGGUGGUGUGUAUGCUAAUUAUAUCGACAUGAGUAGGAUAUAACGAUAGUCAGGACUUACAAGAUCGAGAAAGACAGAACGUGAACAGAAAGCAAUUAGUAUAAAAAUGCAGGAAUAAUAAAAUCUGAUAAGACAGACUGAUAUUUACAAAAGGGAACAUUGAUGAUAUAUUGCAUAUGAAGUAUUUAUUGUAUGAUUCUUAGAUUUGACUAAGAAUGUUCUAGUAAUUUUGUGUUCAAAUACAUUCGAUUGUCCUUCACUUGUGUUCACGUUCACUACACUACCACUGAAUUAUAUCUUCUCUUCACAUUUUUCACUAUUCUUUAACUGUUAUAUUGAGCAUUUUGUGUGUGUAUAUACAUCUACCUACUUACCUAUCUAUCUAUCUAUCUACCUAUUCAUCGUCUAAUUGUACUUCCAAUUUUGUUGAUCUUAUACUUCAUCAAUUAAUCAAGUUAUAUUUUUAUUUAUUUAGAUAGAUUCUCUUUUUUUCCCUGUUUAUUCAAAGCAUUUUGUUUGUUUGUUUUGUUUUCCGAUAUUUAUGUAUCAUUUCAUAUGUGUCUCAAACCGAUUGUAGUGCUUUAUUCUGUUUCAUUGAUUUUGUUUUGACCUCUGGUUACCAGGUAUACAUAUACCUGUGUUACUGUUUAUAAUUUCUGUAUGAAGAACUAACUACAAUAAUAAACUAUAUUUUCGGUUGAUUGUAGUUUUUUUUAUUGAGAUAAAAAUAAAUAAACCGUUUCAUGUUGUGAUUCAUUUCUUAAAUGUAAGUAUGCAUAGAGAGAGAGA